AUGUCACAUAUCUAUCAAUUUCCAGCAAUUCACGAAUUCCCUCCAUUCUACACACAACAACCUAAUGUGGACACAUGGAAGAAACAGCGCCAGCUUUGGUGUGAUUUAAUAUUAGCCUACUACAAGGCUAAAAAACUAUACUCGCUCGAUAUCACUGAAGCAAUCGCUGGGAAAUCAGACUUGUUUGUCAAUCCCACCAUCAAGAGAUCACUACCAAGGGAAACGUUACAAAGUCUCAUCGAUGAGCUCGUCAAGACUGGAAACGCUGAAUGGGACGGUCCAUCGCAACAACGAGCUUGGAUAUACUGGAGGAAACCUGAGGAAUGGGCUGCCUUGAUUUCACAAUGGGCAUUCAACACGGGACAGUCCAACUCUAUAUGUACCUUAUACGAGAUUGCUCAUGGAGACACGUCCACUACUGAAGAAUUCUACGAGCUUGAUGAGACAGUCAUCAAGAAGGCUCUGUAUGUUCUCGUAAAGCAGGGUAAAGCAAAAAUAUUUACUGGAACCAGUGAUUCAGAUCUCGGUGUCAAGUUCUUCUGA